GGGACUUUGUUGUUGUGGUCCGCCAAGUGAAUUUCAGCCAACUCUCUGAGAUUAAGAUUGAGAAUAUUCAAAGACUGAGAUCGGAUUGGACUGCGGAAGAGCGUCCAACUAGACGCGGAAGUAACAGCCUUCAACUCCAACCAUGGCCGCUGUGCUGCCGGACAAUGCUGCCGAGAUCGCGGUGGCCAACGCAAUCAAUAACAUCAACGGCAAUGUAAAUGGGAACGGGCGCAAUCGGGUGCUACCUGGCGGACUUGGCGGUGGAGGCCAGAAUAACAUGAUGAAUAUGCGGGAUCGACUAUUCCAUGCCAUUUAUUUUCGGGCGGCGGCCGCCUAUGCGGAGUUGGUUCCACGAAAGGUGCAGAUGACCAUUGAGUUCCUGCUGCUGGCCAAGGCCCUGCUGUUCUUCUUCACGCUCGCCUACGUGCAUAACUCCUUCAUCAAGAACCCCUGUACCUGCCUAGAGGGCGUUAAAAACUGGCCACGCGAAGGCGUCAUAAGAGUGGAGAUCAUUCCCCACCUCGCCGAAAAGCGGGCCAUUUGGCAGGGCAUUAAGCGGGACCAAGAAAUAGUCCGUUCCCUGAAAGAUUCUUAUUACUACAAUAUUGGACCACAAACAUUGGAAAACCACAACAGUCUCAAGCGGUAUGAGUCUAUUCUGAGCAGGCUGGGACUGCCCGUUAGACCCACGUUUGCCUACAGUAACGAAUCCCUGUACUACUACUUUGAUGCUGUCAACAUCCUUGACACUUACGACCAUCCCAAUGCAAUACAGCUCAAGAACGAAGAAGAUGAUGAGGAGCAGUACAUUGUGGAGUAUUCGCUGGAAUACGGUCACCUACGGCUGUCGUCGUCAACGCGUAAGCGCUUACGUAUUCCCGUUCUCACUGUUCAACUGGAUCCCGAUACGGACAAGUGUUUUGGAGACAGCCUGACGCGAUACUUGCUGAAGCGUAUGCUGGGCUAUGAUGACUUACUGAUGGCCUCCGUAAGAACAAUAGCCGAGCAGGAGGAAAACAAGGGAUACUUGCGCAAUGUGAUUACCGGCGAGCAUUAUCGCUUUGUGUCCAUGUGGUGGGCAGCCUGGAGCAGCUAUCCAGCUGCUUUUUGUGUGAUGCUGUUAUUUACCUUUUCGGUGUCCAUGCUGCUGCGCUACUCUCAUCAUCAGAUCUUUGUCUUCAUAGUCGAUUUGCUACAGAUGUUGGAAUACAACGUGUCCGCGCGGUUUCCUAUUGCUCCUUUGCUUACUGUCAUACUGGCGCUCGUAGGAAUGGAAGCCAUCAUGUCAGAGUUCUUCAAUGACACUACCACGGCCUUCUACAUCAUACUGAUUGUCUGGAUUGCGGAUCAAUAUGAUGCCAUCUGCUGUCACACGAGCAUCACCAAGCGUCAUUGGCUCAGAUUCUUCUAUCUGUACCAUUUUGCCUUCUAUGCGUAUCACUAUCGCUUCAGUGGACAGUACAGGACGCUGGCGCUGCUCUCGUCGUACCUGUUCAUCCAGCACUCAAUGGUAUUCUUCUUUCACCGGUACGAGUUGCCAGCCAUCAUGGCCCAGCACCAGGUCUUCAUCAUCACACGCAAUCAGGGGGCAGCUGGUGCUGCAGCUGCAGCGGGAGGAGCUGCGGCAGCAGGAGGUGCUGGUGGCGCUGCCGCUGGAGAAGAGGCAAGAGCUGGAGCUGGAGGAGGAGAAGCUGUUGGCCAGCAGGCGUCCAUGCAACGUGCCCGUCUCAUAGUCACUCGUCUCUUCAGCCAACUUGCAGCACAACGCCAGGGGCAACAGCAACAUCAGCAGCAGCAACAACAACAUCAAGAGCAACAGCGACAGCCUGGGCCCACUGCCGCCGUGGGCGUGGCCUUGGCCAAUCUGAGAAGACUGCCUGUGGUGGGACAGUGGUUGCAGGGCCGCGAGCAAUUCGCCACCGUCCGCCGAGUCUUUCUGGGACACGGCGGAAACGCACGCCUGAUGCAGGUGCGUCUGCAGCGUAUUAACGUGGCCGAUAUACCUGGCUUGCGCAAUCAGGUGGCAGCCGCCAUGGCAGCAGCCGGAGCUGUCCAAAGGGGCGAGGCGGUGGCACAUGAUGAACCCACCAGCGGCAAUGUUGCAACUACAGAAGCAUCAGCAGCAGCAACAUCGACCACGACAGCAACGCCAACAGCAACAGCAACAAACGAAGCAGCAGAUGUCGAAACAAAUCAGGGACGCAAACAGCCAACAACAUCGGGCAUAAAUGAUGCAGUAGCAACGGGAGCGGAAGCAGCUCAAGACAAGAGCGUUCAAGAGGUGGAGAUUGGGCGUCCGGAGAAGCAGGAAAAACAACUGGAUGAGGGGCCAGAAGCAAGCAUGUCCAAGACGCUGGAAAAUCUAAAUUCCGUUGCGGCGGAUAUUAUAAAUAUGUCGGAUGAAACUACUGUUGCAGCAACGCCCUCAAUGGACGGCACUCAACAGCCACAUCAGACCCUGAUCCACACCCACGUCGGUGUCCAUCAGACCCAGCCAAAGGCGAGGCAAUUAGAAAAUAAUUUGCCAGAGUUGCUGAAAGCUGAGGGGGCAUCCGCAGCAGCAAUGGCAUCAGGUGAAAAGCAAAGCUGCCCACUACAAGCUCACAGCAUUAUGAAUGACCAGCAGCAGCAGCAGAGGCAGAAAAACAAACCGGACGAGCCCGCGACAGCAGAAGCAGGAGCAGCAACAUCAGCAGUUGCCACGUCAAAACAAUCCUCUGAGCCAGGAGCAACAGAGGUAGGAGCGAGAGGAGCUGGAGAGGGACCGCCAGCAGCCAGGCCAAUGAUGGAUGACAGGCAAACAGUUGAUUUUAUAGAAGGCGACAGCCCAACGUCAGCAGCAAAUUGCCAACUCAAUGCUGGCACAAACCACAAGGCACAGGAGCAGCAGCUAAUGAAAACUUCACAACAUACAUCAAACCAAGUGACAACGGCAGCAGUAGAAACAGCAACAACAACAACUGGAACAGGAAAAGGAACAGGAACAGGAGAAACAUCAGCAGAAUAAGCAAGGCAUUAGUGGCGAGCCCCCGAAAACCAAACCCAACCAUCCCGAAAAUAGCUACCCACAUAACAAGAUGCUAUACAUAAAAGAGCUAGUAAAUUUUAGAUAAUUUGUCUGGUGUACUUAUGUCCGGAGAUCAACCACGACUCACGACGCCCCUCUCCGAUUCGAAUGUGAGCGUGUAAAUGUGUGUGUGCGUGUGUGUGUCUGUAAGGGUCUGGAUGGAUGGGUAGAUAUGGGUAUUCUGAGUGGGGUAAAACGAGUGUGUGAGUGUGUGAGAACGUGUUUGAGCUCCGACUAAAAACGAGUAACGGGAACGCGUAGUUGACCUGCUUGCACCUGCAAGGAAAAGUCAGGAUAUACAUAUAUACAUAUUAAUAAUGUUGCACGCCUUUUUAAUUAGCCAAAUACGUGAGAAGCCGCAACGCAUGUACGGAGAAAUAUACCACAAGCUAGUCGCUUUUUAAACUUUCCUUCUUUUUUUACCCAUCUUUUGUUUGCCCCGCUUAUUGAGAAAAAUGCGUUGAACAUUUUUAAUUAACUUUCGAGCUGCCUUUAACCCACGACGAAUCCCGAGCUCACCCUCGAACCCCAACACCAACCAAACGGACGGACAAACAGCCGUAAGCCCUUCCGGCCGAUAACCAUGCCUAUGCCAAACACUGCUGCUGUUAGCCCAAGCUCUUUGCUUUAACUUUAUGAAAUACCAUAAAAUUGUCAACUGUAAUAUAUUUUGUUUGUUUGUUAAAACAUCAUUAAAAACCGCAAGAAAAGGCAUCACAAAAACAACACUGUGAAUAUUCAUGAAAAAAGAAGAUAUCGUUGAAUGUUUGACACAUAUAUACACAUAGUUUGCAAUAUUAUAACUGUGAAGUUAUUUUAUUUGUAAUUUUAUUGUUUUUCGAUUGCUUUUAAGUUAAUACCUACUUUGUACAUGGUUUAUUUGAUUGUAACUCCAAUCUAUAAUACAAGAUUGAGUGAGUGUGGCGACAUGUUUGUAGAACUAGCUAUUCAAUAAGCAAUGGAGGUCGGAUUAUCGAAGUUCGAAAACGGUUUAUAAUUCUUAACUUUAUACACUAAACUAAUACUAGUAGCUAUGACUAUUUGCUAUUGCUAAAAACAAAAUGUUAUUUCUAAAUGUGUAUAAAUAUAUACCACAUAAAUCAAGUA